AUGACCGCCAAAAACUCCCCACUGUGCACAGGGCAACCGCCGCGUGCCGGCAGCUGCCGACACGCGUCGCUGCACGCGCACGUCCUACAUACGAGCUUGGAUACUAGACUCAUGAGUCCGACACCUACAAACGCUCGCAGUAGGUGGAGGCGCACGCUCGGCGUGACAGACCUCCAUCGGCGCCCGCCACACCCCGGCCGGAGCCGGGGCGCAGCAAGCGCCGCGAACGCAAAAGCGGCGUCCGCCGCAUCCCAGCCUGAGCCAGGACGCAGCAGACGCCGCCACAGCAAAAGCGGCGCCCGUCGCACCCCGGCCAGGAGCCAGGACACAGCAAGCGCCGCCAAAGCGAAAGCGGCGCCCGCCGCACCCCGGCCGGAGCCGAAGCGCAGCAAGCGCCGCCAAAGUGAAAGCGGCACCCGCCGCACCCCGGCCGGAGCCGAAGCGCAGCAAGCGCCGCCAAAGCGAAAGCGGCGCUCGCCGCACCCCGGCCGGAGCCGAGGCGCAGCAAGCGCCGCCAUAGCCAAAGCGGCGCCCGCCGCACCCCGGCCGGAGCCAGAGCACAGCAAGUGCCGCCAACGCAAAAGCGGCGCCCGCCGCACUCCGGCCGGAGCCAGAGCACAGCAAGCGCCGCCAAAGCAAAGGCGGCGCCCGCCGCACCCCGGCCGGAGCCAAGAGCACAGCAAACGCCGCCAACGCAAAAGCGGCGCCCGCCGCACCCCGGCCGGAGCCAGAGCACAGCAAGCGCCGCCAACGCAAAAGCGGCGCCCGCCGCACCCCGGCCGGAGCCAGAGCACAGCAAGCGCCGCCAACGCAAAAGCGGCGCCCGCCGCACCCCGGCCGGAGCCAGAGCACAGCAAGCGCCGCCAAUGCAAAAGCGGCGCCCGCCGCACCCCGGCCGGAGCCAGAGCACAGCAAGCGCCGCCAACGCAAAAGCGGCGCCCGCCGCACCCCGGCCGGAGCCAGAGCACAGCAAGCGCCGCCAACGCAAAAGCGGCGCCCGCCGCACCCCGGCCGGAGCCAGAGCACAGCAAGCGCCGCCAACGCAAAAGCGGCGCCCGCCGCACCCCGGCCGGAGCCAGAGCACAGCAAGCGCCGCCAACGCAAAAGCGGCGCCCGCCGCACCCCGGCCGGAGCCAGAGCACAGCAAGCGCCGCCAACGCAAAAGCGGCGCCCGCCGCACCCCGGCCGGAGCCAGAGCACAGCAAGCGCCGCAGAAGCGUGCAAGUGCCAUUCGCCAGUGAGCAAGGAUACUAG